CCUUUUUCAUAUAUAUAGUACACUUAUUAUAUGUAUAUUUUGCCCUUCUCCCCCUUUGCCCCGCAGCUGGCAGCUGACGUCCAUCUGCGAUGUUUUGAAUACAUACAACACAGACGCGCACUCGUACGCGUGUGUGUGUGUGUGUAUGCGUGUGCUUACUGGCUUCUGCUCGGCUCGGCACUCGCUGCGUGUGUUUAUCAAAAAUUUUCGGCUUAUCGAACGCGCACGGCCAUUAUAUUAUCGACGUGAUAUCUUUUUCGCGCGGUGCUGGAUCGUUUCGACAUGGGCCAAUAAUUACCCGCACGCGGCUUUUACGAGCAGGUGUCAUGAGACUCGAUGAAAAGUGCCCUAUCCUCGCCUGCCUAUACAUUGUUUUUAUCAUUGAGAUUGACAGGUCAGCGCGGCGUUCCUUCGGCGAUACUCGCAAAAAUUAAAGUAGAAAAUCAAAAAUGUCAAAACGCUGGGGAACCAAUUAUGCCAUCACUGAGCAUCGGGAUGUCCAGGCCAAUACCAUGGCGCUCGACGUUACCGGUACUCAUGUGCUUUUGGCUGGGCGCAGAUACUUGGCUGUGAAACGUUUGGAUCAAGAAUCAGAUUCUCUGAAAAAGUUCCAGCGACAGAGCAAGUAUGAAGUUGGCUCUGCUGAAUGGAAUCCAACCAUGGCGAAUAGUCAUUUGUGUGCAAUUUCUAGUAACAAUCGAGUUGAAAUAUUGAGUUUCAUGGGCAACAGCGGUAAUGAUCUUCAGCCUACGCACAAUCUGAAAGCUCAUACCAGAGUUGUCAGUGACUUGAAUUGGCAUCCUAAAGAUCCUGAUAUUCUUGCCACAUGCAGCAUCGAUACUUACAUACAUAUUUGGGAUAUCAGAGAUCAGAGAAAACCGAGUCUUUCGUUGUCAGCUGUAGCUGGUGCAUCUCAAGUCAGGUGGAAUGCAUUAGCCCCCAACAUGAUUGCAACUGCUCACGAUGGCGAUGUAAAGAUAUGGGACCAAAGAAAAGGAAAUAGUCCAGUGCAAUAUAUUGCAGCACACUUGACCAAAAUAUAUGGAUUAGAUUGGUGCCCUUUUCAACAAAGCCAGCUUGCGACCUCUAGUCAAGAUAGUACAGUUAAAUUUUUUGACACAAGCAACCCAAGAAGAGCUGAAAGUAUACUCACAACCAAUUCACCAGUGUGGAAAGCUCGUUACACACCGUUUGGUGAAGGUUUAGUCACAAUUGUAGUUCCUCAAUUGAGAAGAGGAGAGAAUAGUCUUUUGUUAUGGAAUACAUCCAAUUUAUCAACACCAAUAUACACAUUUGUAGGACACACUGAUGUAGUAUUAGAAUUUCAAUGGAGGCAUCCAAAAUCUCAAAAUAAAGAUUAUGAACUCAUUACAUGGUGUAAAGAUCAGUGCUUAAGAAUCUUUAAAAUUCCACCACUAAUUAUGAAGUUAUGUGGUCAUGGUGAUAUCAAUGAUGCAGAAUAUUCACAAUUGACGGGAGACAACGAUCUCAGGAAUUAUCAAUCAGCUCAGGAGCUAGAAUUACAAGAUUCAACGAACGAGCGAGAAAUAAAUUACGCGGUGAAAAAACCAGAUCAUCUAACGUUAAAUAAUGAUCAUGAAACACCAGUGGAUCCAGAUGUUCAAUCUCCAACUCAACCAAAAACGUUGCAGCAAGAAUUUUCUCUCAUCAACAUGAAUAUUCCCAAUAUCGAGGUGAAUGCUAUGGAUGCAGCUGACAGAAGUUGUACAGUGACAGCUUCAAAUAAAAACUAUAAUGUGGUAUUGAAAGUAAAUUUCCCGGGCAACUAUCCGUACAGUGCCCAGCCAACUUUUCAAUUUCGUCCAGGCACGACGGUGGAUAAUGCCAUUACGACCAAAUUGCACAAAGUAUUGAAACAAACUGCUCAGCACAGAGUGAAAAAAAAUCGAUCUUGUUUGGAACCGUGUUUGAGGCAGCUAAUCACAACUCUGGAUCAAAUGUGCGUGAAAAAUGAAACGGAAGCCGAUCAUCUUGGAUAUCACAUGCAACAAAAUGAAAACUUUUUAAAUUCGAAUAAAAUGAUGUUUUCUGCCUGUCAAGAUCAAGACUCGUGUAUACCGUUUCCAAGAACGUCUGGAGCAAGAUUUUGUGGUGAUGGCUCUCUGGUUUGUUUUGGUCGUUCCUUUUCGGCAAGAAGAGUUUCGCUGAAACCCGAAGGAACGACGACUCCUCGAGCCCUCUCCGCUCUCGGAUCUAGUCUUAAAAAUAGAGGACCAUACAUAUCCAUGUAUUCUAAUGCUUACCCUCAAAGUAACGAAAAUAUUUCUAUUAGUUCUUUCUAUUUCCAAGAUCGGGUACCAAAAAGAGGUACUCAUGGACAAAGCAAAUUGCACGGAAAGUCAUGCUAUAAAAAUCACAGAUCUCUUGUUACUAUAUACGACAUGUCGUCAUUGUCUUUAGUUAAUAGGGAAUUGGCUGAAAAAUAUAUAAUUAACACCAACGACAUUCCAGCAAUGUGCCAACACAAUGCCAAUGUAGCGGCUAGUCAAGAGAGACCAGAUCUGGUGCAAGCUUGGUGUUUGGCGUCGCUCGUCGUUUCUCAAACGCAAAAGAGUCAAGUUACGAAUUCACAGCAAUCGUUGGAUGACAAUAUUCCUUGGCUUUUGCAUCCGUUCGGAAAAAAUUUGAUUCAUUCAUUAAUACAGCAUUACGCUUACCAGUAUGAUAUUCAAAUGGCAGCAAUGUUGUGCUGCACGUUGACAACAAAGAACGAGUCCAACAAUCAGCUAUCGAACGGUCACGUCAGUAGAUCCGUUAACGUCACUAAGCAAAUUGCUGGAAGGUGGUGGACAAAGCCCGGUGGGUCACCCUACCACACGGUUCAUCCAGCCGAUAUGAAGGACUUUAAUUACGCCACGCUGAAGCAGAACCGAUCGAACUCGAUGUCCGAUUUGUCGAACGGCCUUCAAGUGCCGGACACGUGUUCUCAAGCGUCUGACGCGCACAGCGAGCACUCGCGCAUUGUCAAAAAAAUGGAUGAAAAGAAUACGCCUUUGUAUAAUGCCUACAAAAAAGCCUACGCAGGAAUACUCUGGAGAUGGAGACUGCUGGACUCGCGCGCUCAAGUGCUGAAGCAGCUCAGCCGAAUUCCCUACGACGUCGAGAGGGAAAGGACCGUUGGCUUUUUGAGCGGAUGCAUGAACUGUCAGAAGGCCUCCAACGGGCCCCAAUGCCUGUCGUGCAAACGAUUCAUACUCAAGUGCUCGAUAUGCCACAUUUCUGUCAGAGGCUCCAGCAAUGUGUGCAGCCAAUGCGGCCACGGCGGUCACACCAAUCACGUAGCAGCUUGGUUCAGCAAAGAGACGGUCUGCCCGGUUGGCUGUGGCUGCUUCUGCGUUCAAAACAACAUGAUGUACAAUCCGGAGGAUUUCGAAGAUUAGAGAUUAUUAUGAAGUUUAUCGAGCGUUCUCUUACGGAUUCUUUCCGUAAGUCCGUGUAAUUAUGUAACGAAUGUGAACAGUUUCAAAGUGUUAUAUGUAUAUUUUACGAUGUUUGUAGAAAGUUGCCUGUUGAGACGAGUAAAGACUUUUAUAUUUUUAAUAAUCAGAAA